AUGCUGAAUGGAGAAGCCUGGGAUGACACAACAUCAGUAGCGGUGGCAGCAACAACAGCAGUAGCAGCAGCAGCAGCAGCAGCAGCAGCAGCAGCAGCGGCAGCAGCAGCAGAAGUAGUAGCAGCAGCGGCAGCAGCAGCAGAAGUAGUAGCAGUAGAAGCAGUAGCAGUAGAAGCAGCAAUUUGUUUACACAGCGAGUCUUCCACAAACGAUUUUGGGGAUGCAACGAUUGAAAAAUGUGCAUAUUCCGGAGUGAUGACCGAUGAAUUGGUAAUUGCUGGAGUAUUUUUGCGCCUAUUCAUCGCGAAUCCCUCAUGGCAAGUGCGCCAUCCAAAGCAAUUCACAACGGAACUUAUCGAAAAAGUGCUGGAAUGCAUGACUCAGCCGACAACAGAGCUGGAUACCGUUACCUCAGCUUUUGUUGCUCUUAUUACCAACCAUCCAUCUGUAGCGGAUCAUUUACCAGCACAAGGAUACUUGCCACAAUUUUGCACGGCAAUGUCAUCAUCCAGUGGCUCGGCUUCGCGUUCAGCAAUCAUUAUUCUUUCGCAUCUCGCUGAAAAUACGCAUUGCGCAGAUUCACUCGCAAAUCUGAAUUGCAUCGAAGGUAUUAUGAAAUCAAUGAAGCAGCAGCCUGGUUUAAUCGGCGAUUCAGCGCAUGCGCUGAAAUGUUUGCUGAAGCGAAACUGCAGUAAUCUAGCUGCUCAAAUGCUUUCAACUGGCAUGGUACAGUAUUUGUUGCAGCUACUGGAUAGUGCAAUGGAAGGUGUCAGCAAUGUUGCGGCAGCAAAAGCAGAAAUAGUGGAUGCACUGAAGAAUGUUUCGCUAGACCUGCAACAUGGCGCUAAAAUUGCAGAAAUUCUGAACAAAUCUUGCAUUUGGGCACAAUACAAGGACCAGCGUGCGCAGUCCUGUAUUGCCGGUUAUUUAACUGAGCGAAUGUUUACACCACCAUCAACUAACUUCACACCACCACCAAUAUCGUCCAAAAAACAAGAUAAUUGA